AUGGCCAGCCAAGCGCAAGUCAACCCCAAGCGGCAGCAGGAGCUCCAGCUCCAAUACACAAACUACAAAAACACCCUGCAACAGCUGGCGCAGAAGAUUGGUGACAUCGAGCAAGAGGCAGAGGAACACAAGCUUGUCAUCGAGACCCUCGAUCCGCUCCCCAACGACCGGAAAUGCUUUCGGAUGGUGAACGGUGUGCUGGUUGAGCGGACGGUGCAGGACGUCCUCCCGUCUCUCAAGACCAACUCGGAUGGGCUGAAGCAGGUGCUGGAAGAGCUCCUGAAACAGUACAAGUCCAAGCAGGCGGACAUGGACAACUGGAAGAAGAAGAACAACAUCCAGGUUGUGCAGCCUUAA